AAUGUAAACAAAAAGCGAAACAUUUCCGAAAUUCCUCCAAGAAAAUGUAAUAUUUCUUUUCAAAACUAAAUAUACAUCGGAAGCGUUAGAAAAUUACCAGGUAUGUCCGAUAUCAACAGCUCUACGCACCACAUUCGCCAGAAAUAUUGUCUGAAUCGUUUGGAAUACCGUAAAGGACGUCGAUUAAGAGCUGUUAAGGUAUAUACCGUGGCAAAUGAAUCAAACCAUCUUCUAGUAUUUGGAGUUCCAAAAAUUAACUUGAAGCAAGAAAUAAAGUGUAAACUGCAACGGUGUGGGGAGCUUGAAUUCAUCCAAUGUGUAACAGAGGAGGUGGCCAAAAAAGUGGAACUGGAAGCUUUCACUGAUGUUUUUCAUGUAAAAUUUGCAAAGGUGCAGUUAGCGCGGCUUGCUAAAACUUACUUGGAUGCGCAAGAGUUUUAUGGGGGCAUACUUCAUAUUUCCUAUGCUCCGGAGUAUGAAACCAUAGAUGAACUUCGGCAGAAAAUCUUGCUUAGGAAAGUUGAAGUUAAGCAUAGACAGCGGGUAAACGAAAAAGUGGAAUUAACAAUAGCAUCAAUUUCGCAAUCUAAUCAGGAGAAGAGAAGAAAAGAGAUCUAAAAGACUUAAAAAUAAAGAACUAAGGUAUUUAAAGCUUGUAUUUAAUUGCUUUGUAUCAGAAAAAGUAUUGUUCUUUCAAAAUACAUAACAAUGCGUAAAAAUA